CAACACCAAAGUCUGUUCUGGAGGUGAUGGAUAUAGAUGGGCUCAGUCUUUUCCAUGUAAAAAGUCAUCUGCAGAAAUAUAGACUGGGCAAAUUUUCUGUGAAGGAGUGGCAGGACACGGCCAAAGAUGUUUCUCAAGUUGUUGGAGGUUCACGCGGAGUUACUUCAUCGAACUUGGCACCAUCCCGCAGAAAUGGGUAUAACAGAGGUCAUAAAGCUAAACAAACUCCAAAACCCCAAGAGGAAAUUCAAGGAAAACUCUAUCUGCAAAUUGAGGCUGAGAAGCACAUUCAGAGGUGUUUGGAGGCACAAAGGAGGUACCUAGACACUGCACUAGACCGCGCAUGCAAGAAGCUUGCUGAUCAGUAUUUAGGCGAUGCAGCCACAGAAAAUGCAUUUCUGUAUGGGCAAGCCUCGGCUAGUUUAGGAGCUUUCACAACAGUACCUGGCCCAUCUGAUUUAGGAAAUAUGGGCACAAUGCCACAGUUUUAUUUGAACCAGCACAAUCCAUAUCCUACAUAUGACACAUUGACAGCCCAAGCUAAUCUCGGCCUUCAAGGGGUACCUCUUGGUUGUCAGCCCCAAGCCUCUCUUCAUCCUGCACCUGAAGGCUCCUCGACUUCAUUCGGAUAUUCUGCAAGUUCAUAUCAGGAACCGUUCCCUCCACUUGCCAGCAGUGGGAAGAAAAGGGUCCGGCCUGCUGAAGAGGAUCCCAUAGAAGCUUUCUUGAAUUGGGAUGAUACUGAACCAAAGAACCUCGAUGCUGGCUUUAACUAUGACAAUCUUCAAGGUUUUCCUGGCGCCUUUUAGGUGAACUGUGUAAAUACCAAAGCCACUUUCAGCCGUAAGUUUCAGGACUUUUCAUCCUUGCAAAGACUAGUAACUGUACCCAUCACAAAAAACACAAAAGGGAUAGUAACUCCUCCUGUCUGCCCAUAAAUAUGAAUGAAAACUAGUAUGGAG